CCUUGGAGAUAGAUUCAUGGGCAUUUUGGUCCUUACGUUUGGCACCACCAAAAUAUCUUCUUGACAGUCUUUUGACUCUUUUCAUGGGGAACCAAUUAUCUCUGAUUCUCAACCCUCCUUCUCUUCUCUUUUCUCUUACUCGAUCCCAUGGCCAUUAGUCUGGGGAAUUUGUCUCUGUUGCUAGAUGCGGCGUCGCCGCGAAGUGUAAUACUGGAGCGGAAGGUUCGAACGGUAGCUUUGGACGUCGUUUUGAGCUUGUCCAAGAGAGAUUCUCACGCCUACUGUGCUUCUGUUACGUCUAAGGGUUUUGACUCCGAUGGAGAUGUUCGGAACAGAGUCGUGGCUCGUGGUAAGUCAAAUUCAGAGGUGAACGGUGUUGAUUUUGACGCCGAGUCUAGCGAUGAAGAGAACAACGAGAACGGGCUUGACGAGGAGUCCUAUGAUUGGGAGACACAAUUGCGGAUGAGACUGAAGGAGCUCGAGGACAGAAGAGAGCUGGAAAAGAAAGCUGAAGAAUUGCAGAGUCGGAUGUACGAUGAUGAAGGAGAAGGAAUGGAAGAGACGGAGGAAGAGAAGAGGAUGAGAGUCAGAAAAGAGCUCGAAAAGGUGGCCAAGGAGCAGGCAGAGAGGAGGGCCACGGCUCAGCUGAUGUUUGAAUUGGGUCAGAAAGCUUAUGGGAAGGGUAUGUAUGGACGUUCCAUAGAGUUUUUUGAAGGUGCACUUACGAUUAUUCCCAGACCUACAUUGUUUGGUGGUGAGAUCCAGAUAUGGCUAGCUAUGGCUUAUGAGGCCAAUAACCGCCAUGCUGAUUGCAUAGCUCUGUACCAGCAAUUAGAGAAGAAACAUCCUAGCCUCAGCAUCCGGCGCCAGGCUGCAGAUCUUCGCUACAUUUUGCAAGCACCAAAGCUCAAGAUAUCCCAAGAGGAGAUGGUGACUAUACCUUUGAUUGGUUCUAGUUAUGAUAGCUAUGCAGGAACAUGGAGUGAUAAGUACAAGGACAAGGAUAAGAAUCGGAGUGGGACGGUGACCAAUCAGCUUCCAUCAACUAAGGACUAUCUUGCUGACUUUCUUGUAUGGCGGCCACCGGUGGGAUUGGAAAAAAAUCAAGCUUUCUGGGUUGGUCUGACAAUAUGGUUGGGAUUCGUUGGAGCUGCUCUCGUUCUUCACAGAUGAAACACAAGUACAUGUGCAGUUUGAAUUCCACAACUUGUGAUGUAUUUAUACAAAAUAUUUUGUCAAGGUUCUUUCAUAUAAUGUUUAGUCCAUGUGGUAACAUUCUUGUAUGUAUAUUAGUAUCAAGUCAAAUAUAUAAUAUAUUGAAACGACUUAGAGUA